GAAGUAAAUGGAAACCCCUCACUCUGCUGUUCUCAAUUGAAACAGAAAGAGAAAUUCAGCUUCAUACGUGACAACGCAUUUUGGCUGUAGGGAAUUUGUGCUGCAAUUUUUUUUCCCAACCAACCAACAUCAAUUACCAAGAAAAUGAAGCUUCAUGACGGAAGAAAUCGAAAACAUGCAAUCUUCAAUGACAAGCGGCUAACGAACCAGAAGGGAGCCGAAAGAAAAAUAUUCCACAUUCCGUCGCCAUAUUUGAUGUCCAUUCCCCACUAGAAGAAAGAAAAAACAAAAAAAAGGUAAUCGAAACAUUCAAAUCUCUUCAAUGGCCUUCACAUCGCAUUAAUGUUCGCAGCAUCAAAGAAGAAAUAUAGGAUUUAAUUUGCUACUGCGAAAAAUAAAACUACUACCUUGUUUCAUUGAUGAAGGUUGUUUCUAUCACGCACGUGGACCCGAUACGCCCACCAUGGCAAAUAGGGCUAUGAAUAGAAAUAGUCUCAAACCGAACAUUCAAACCGUGAAGUGGAUGACUGGAACCCGAGGCACUUUUUUUUUCGUUUACUAAAAAAACCGGAUUCUCUUCUUAAGGUCAGCGAUGAAGCAAGAGACUCGUUAUAAUGCGAUUCUUCGCGUUUAUAGAGGCUUCUUCGUGAAAACCGGACUGUUGAAGGUUGGGUGUGCCCGAAUGACUCUCCUCUUUUGUCCAUGAGAUGAUAUCCCUGGUGCAAAAAAAAAAACUCGGACUGAAGAUUAAUCGCAGCAGUCCUUUAAGCAAAAAAGGAAUCGCUUUUCCUCGUCAUAGAACGUGGCUGCUAGUGUGGACUUGACGCCGUCCAAGUUGGUUGUGUAGCGUUCAUCGGCUGUUUAGUUGGACUCCUUUGACGUUUAUUUUUACACACUUUUCUAAGGAUUUUUGUGAGAAAAACAACACAACAACAAAGGAUCGAAUUAGAGAGUUCUUUGUCUUAGAGCGUUGUCGAGAAAGUGAAGAUGACUGAAAAGGAUUACAACGCGCUACUGGUGAUGUCGGAUCCCCCUAAUCCAAACCAACAAAAGAUAAUUAAACAAGUAAUAGACUGGUUUUUCGGUCCUGAUGCACAGGGAAAACCCAGUAAGGAUUGGAGUAAACGUCUAUUACGACCAAGACCACGGCUGGAGCCUUUAGCAACCACUACAGAGUAUGCCACGCAGUACGAUACAAGCAUUCCUUUGUUACCUUCAUCCGCCCGGAUUCCCUACCCUUUCAUAAUAUUGGGAGGCGUUCUCAUCCUCGGCGUAUUAUACCUUCUACUUUUUCUCAUCAUUGAUCGUUUACGGUGUUGCAACAAGGAGACUGCUCGCAGGAAGAACAGAACUACAGAGCGGCCGGCAAGGAGGCAAACUCUGGAUGGGUUGUAUUCCGUUGAAGAUGACUCUCUGGGUUCCGGCAAUGUUCCUCCUUCUUCCAAGGUUUCCGACGAUGCACCUCCUCCGUCUUACGAAGAUGCCAUUCUUGCGAGCCAACAACAAACAACGCCAGCCAAGUGAACUAAUCGUAACGUAUAGAGACCAAUAGUGGAAUGUUUGAAUAUACUUAUUUCUUUAAAAUCGAAAUGCCAACGAUCGUGCUGACAUGGUUCGUGUUCUCGACUAACCAGUUUAGUGUCACGGUCAUACCAAAUAUAGCGUUAUGUAGCCAGGUUGCGAUUGAGCGUGUGCAAUCGUGGAAGCUUUGUCUAUAAAGGUGCAGCCUACUCGACUCUUCACGUGUGGUUUAACACGCUUCAGGGGAGGGAGUCAGGAAGCAAGCAGUAUUGCAAUUUGACAUGAAACUAACAUUGAUAAUAUGUAAACCUAUACGAUCUUGGCCUUUUUCCAUGAAAUGAAAAAGGAGAAAGGUCUUUUUUUUUUUGUAUUAUAUUCGCAGAUCGUGAUAAGAAUCGGUGCCUUCAUUUAAAGUGUGCAUUAAUUUUAUAUCCACUUCCUUUUUUCCACCAUUUAGUUGCUCUUG